UGUCUAAUAGCUAGGUGUCUGUAGCACACAAUGCGCAUGCGCAUAGUUUCCACGUUGCGAGUCAUACAUAUAGAUCCUAUUCACGUAUCGGUACUUACCGGCUGCUCAGCAUCGUACUAGUGUUACAGUCAUGUGGGAGCAACGGUCAGCGAGGGGCGCAUUUCUCUGGGUGCUGAGUGGUGUAUACCUGUGUGGCUUCCUGUCUGUAUAUGUGCAGAUACCGGGACUAUAUGGACGGGAGGGGAUCCUGCCUGCCCGCAAGAUGCUGCGUUUCUCUGAUAAGACUUUCUGGGAGCAGCUGAAGGACAGCCCAACACUACUUUGGCUUGGUCCCCAGCUAGGGCUGGACACAGAACAAGGACUGGAGCUGAUCUGCCUGCUGGGGGCACUUCUCUCUCUGGGGGCCCUGCUUUUCAGACGUUUCCGGGACAGUUUGGUCUUCCUACUUCUCUGGGUGCUGUACCUCUCAGUGUAUCAGGUUGGACAAGUCUUCCUCUAUUUCCAGUGGGACAGCCUUCUCUUGGAGACCGGGUUUCUUGCGGUGCUAGUGGCUCCUCUGCAUGCUCUGCGGUGGAAGACGUCUAUGUGGAACACUCACGAUGGCAUCACGUUCUGGCUAGUUCGCUGGCUACUCUUCAGACUUAUGUUUGCAUCUGGAGUUGUGAAACUGACCAGUCGCUGUCCCACCUGGUGGGGACUUACAGCUCUCACAUAUCACUAUGAGACUCAGUGCAUUCCUACGCCAGUGGCAUGGUAUGCCCAUCAGCUUCCCGUAUGGUUCCAGAAGCUCUCUAUAGUCGCUACUUAUGUGAUUGAAAUUGGCAUCCCGUGGCUCUUUUUCCUGCCAUCUCGUAGGCUCCGCAUUUUCUCUUUUUAUGCACAGGUCCUUCUGCAGAUCCUAAUUAUUCUCACUGGGAAUUACAACUUCUUCAACGUGUUGACUAUUGCUCUCUGCUUCUCGCUGCUAGAUGAUCAGCACAUGAGCUGUCAACCGGUCAAGAAGGCACAACAUAGAGGCCGCUUGUUCUCUUUGCGAUCUCUUGGUACUCUGAUGGAGCUCUCUAUUUUUGGUGUCCUUGUCUUCUGGUCAGUCAAGUACUUUGAUCUUCAAAUAAACUGGGACAAAGGUCUUGUAGAGUCAAGAACGGCAUUCACAUAUCAUGAAUUCAUGCAGUGGCUACGAAGUCUGAUAUUUCCCUCUAUUUGGAUAGCUGCAGCUUCGCUGGGAUGGGAGAUUCUUAAGGGAAUGUACAGGAGUGCAAUCGUGCGAGGGUUUCUCUGGAAGCUCUGGGCUACUGUGCAGUGGGCGAUCUUCUCCUGUGCUGCGGCCGCUAUGUUCACGAUCAGCCUGGUCCCUUACACGUAUGUGGAGUAUGAAUCAAAUGGACAGUUAUGGCCGCCUGUGCACCAAAUGUUCAGUGCUGUUGAUAGAUACCAGUUGGCAAACUCCUAUGGUCUGUUCCGCAGGAUGACAGGAGUAGGAGGGCGCCCAGAGGUUGUGGUGGAAGGAAGUUAUGACAGACAGACAUGGAUGGAAAUUGAAUUUAUGUACAAGCCUGGGAAUAUGAGCACAAUGCCCCCUGUAGUCGCCCCUCAUCAGCCUCGCCUUGACUGGCAGAUGUGGUUUGCAGCACUCGGCCCUCACUCCCAGAGCCCUUGGUUUGCCAGCUUUGUAUAUAAACUCCUGCAGGGCAACAAGGAUGUGAUCCGGCUGGUGCAGAACGAUGAAUCGUUAUAUCCCUUCCGCUCAGUCUCUCCAACCUACAUCAAAGCUCAGCUUUACAAAUAUUGGUUCACAGAGUUUGAUCCAUCAGGGCACACAUCGCACAGCUGGUGGCGCCGGCGGCAUGUAGAAGAAUUCUUCCCUGUGGUUUUUCUGGGAGACCCUGUUCUGGACUCCAUCUUAAUACAGCAUGGACUGAAGGACAACCCUCCUCCCCGCCGAUCCCAGGAUGCUCCUCUCCCGUCUGGGCUGCUGUAUAUUCGUAACUUCCUUAAACAGUUCCCGGAUUCGUUGCUCCUGCACUCCCUGCUCAUCACAGUCGUCGUUCUCCGCCUCUUGCAAGCACUGUUUGGGGACAGUCCUAGGCCAGGGGCCCCUAAACGAGGACGUGAAAAACCCCCAGCGGAGAGGAAAAAGCAAAAGGCAAACAGCAGUCAGGGGGAGACUAAGGCACCGGGGGGUGACACCGGCCGUAAGAACAAGAGUAGUUAACAUGCGUUUCAGUGAUGCCAUCUGAUUAGGUCACUUGUGGGGUUAUGUUGUCUGAUGACACAACAUCCGGACUCCUGGCUUAUUGCAAAUUUACAGAGCAUCUGUGGCCACUCUGACUAGUCCUUGCGUGUUGCAAUCAGUGAUUUUGUGCUUUUUUCUAAUGUGCGACUCACUGUGGCGCAUCUCUCUCUAACACCACUGAUAUCAUGAAGCUGAUUAGGAAUUCUGCUAAAAUGAUUACAAGAAUCAGACUAGUGAGUCUAAACUAUGCUCUGUAAGUCCUGCGCUGGCAGCUGCUCUUGUGUGUGCAGAGCAGUAAAUGGAACCAGUUGUUGUUUAUACUGUGCAUUAACAGGCGUUUGUACUAAAGCGUCAGGCAAUGCCACCAUUAACCCCUGAACUAGCACAGAGUCUGAUGGUGUGACUGUGUAUGUGUGAUUUUUAUAUAUAUAUAUAUAUAUAUAUAUAUAUAUAUAUAUAUGUGUGUCUGUGUACACAUUUAUGCAAUUGUGUGUCUUAUGUACUUGUGUACGUAUAUCUAUACGUAUAUCUGCCUAUGCGUAUGUGUCAGUCAUAUGUAUGAGCGUGCGUGUCUGUCUAUACAUGUAUGUAUGGGUCUAUACGUACGUGUGUGUGUGUGUAUAUAUAUAUAUAUAUAUAUAUAUAUAUAUAUAUAUAUAUAUGUGUGUAUAUGUAUGUCAGUCUGUAUGUUUAUACAUAUGUGUGCGAGUCUUUCUCUAUAUUUGUAUGUCAAUCUAUAGAUCUGUAUGUAUGCAUGUUCGCACAUAGGUAUGUGGGUACGUGUCCACCUGUUCAUGUGUGCGCAUGUCUGCAAGUGCGUACAUGUGUCCGUCUGCAUAUGUGUGCGGGUGUGGCUGUCUGUACGUACGUAUGUGAGAGUGUACUUGUGUGUCUUUAUGCAUGUACAAGUAUUUUAAUGAUAACCAUCUUUUACCAUGUGCUUAUCUCAACGUCACCGCCGUCCUCCCCACACGCACAGGUCUAGAGCAGCUCCUCUUAAGUGCCUUGCUGCUAGGAUGAAGUGAAGCCCCCAGUGCCUUUUUGUUAGUUUUUACCUGGUCACAAAUGCCUGCACCACAGGUCUUGUCAUACUGUGUACCGUACAACCUUCAGUCUCGCCUGAUUUUAUUCACAAUGGUUUGUGGGGGGGGGGGGAGAAUGUUUUUUUUUGUAAUAAAUUUGUGAUUGUGCUUUUGUUA